GAAGACCAGACCACGAUGGUGCAUAAACCACCAAAUCAUUAUCUCGGAAGGGUUCUCACAGACGCGACAGCCAUCAAUAAAACCCCAUCCAUAAAAAAGCCGUGUCUCAAUCCUGUGGUUUUCGAUACCCUUUACCGUACUUCCGCGUUCGGUUCUCUCUCCUCUCUCUCGGUGAUCGAACGAACUACGGUAAUGAUGAGCAACGAAGAAGAGAAGAAAUGUCCUCUAUGCGCUGAAGAGAUGGACUGGACGGAUCAGCAAUUGAAGCCCUGUAAAUGUGGUUAUGAGGUGUGUGUUUGGUGCUGGCAUCACAUAAUGGGUAUGGCAGAGAAAGAUGAGACCGAGGGGCGAUGUCCUGCAUGCCGGACACCUUAUGACAAGGAAAAAAUUGUAGGGAUGGAAGCAAACUGUGAAAGGGUGGUGGCAACAAAGAAAGAUCGAAAAAAUAAAGCACAGAAGACAAAGACGAAAAAACCUGAAGAAAGGAAGGACCUAAGUAGUGUUAGAGUGAUCCAGCGGAGAAUGGCUUAUGUAAUUGGGCUUCCUCUUACUCUUGCUGAUGAAGAUCGCCUACAGCGGAAGGAAUAUUUUGGUCAAUAUGGAAAAGUUGCGAAGGUUUCCCUAUCUCGGACAGCCGGUGGGGAUAUUCAGCAAUUUGUUAACGACACUUGUAGUGUAUAUAUUACAUACUCAAAGGAGGAGGAGGCCAUUCGGUGUAUUCAAUCAGUACAUGGUUUUGUCCUGGAAGGUAGGUUUUUAAGAGCAUCGUUUGGAACCGCUAAGUAUUGUCAUGCAUGGUUAAGAAACAUGCCAUGCACCAAUCCUACUUGUUUAUAUUUACAUAGCAUUGGUGCUGAAGAAGAUAGUUUCAGUAAAGAUGAAGAAGCUGCGGUUCAUACAAGGAAUAGAGUUCACCAAAUUGUGGGUGAUACACAUAAUAUGCAACGGCGCUCAGGGAAUAUGUUGCCUCCCCCGCUAGAUGAUCCCUUCAAUGGCAAUAGCAUUGCUGCUGACAAAGUUUUGGACAAAAUUGCCCCAAAAGACACAGCUUAUGCUACAGAAACUUCCACCGGCCACAUGACUUGUUCAUAUUCAUCUAAUGAUAGGGAUGGGCGCAUUAAAACACCUAACAAAACUUUUGUAGAUAUUGUCGGACGAUCUAGUUCUGGUCCAGAAAAAGAUGGGAAUGUUGCUGAAGAUAGAAAGAUUUUAAACUUAUGCUCUGACUUCUCUUCAGUAACAAUUGAUACAGACUAUCAUCUUGAGACUGAAUACUCUAAUUCCAUGCUACGUAAGGUUUCAUCUCGGAGUCAGCUUCCCAUUGGAUUGCCCAGGGAUAAAGAUUCUCAAGAAUAUUCACUCAAACCAUUUAGAGAACCUUCAAGUUUUACAGUGUCGGGGAGAGCUGAUUUUACACCCAGUGAUGCAUGUAUUGCGAAAGGGCGAUCUUGUUUGAUGUUAGAUUCAGGAAGACAAGCAUUGCCUGGUUCCUGCAGUGAUGUGAGAGAAGAUUUUCUGUCUUUUGAUGAUCAGAGAUCAAAGGGCUCUGACACCUUGAGUCAAGAGUCUUCUGUGCUUCCUUCAUCUUAUCCUAUUAGGAUUUCUGACCGUUCUAAUGGUCGUGCGCAGCAGCCUAAAGAAAUGUGUAGUUUAAGUGAUUUCAAUGUGAAGUGUAGCACUGUACAUAGUCAUGUUGAUGAGGCUUCUAUGCCAUUUUCAUGUGUAAAUUCAAUAUUGAGUGAUGGAUACAAUGAGAGGAAAUUCCAUAGUUCUAUUGAAUCAGAUAGGAAUUUUAGAUCUUCUAACUCGUUCUCCAAUGAGGAAAUAGUGGAACACUUGAGAAGGCUUGACAAUGAUAAUAUUACCAAUGAUGAUGACAGUUCUGCAUUAGAUGCGGUUGAAAGCAGUAUAAUAUCAAAUAUCUUGUCUCUGGAUUUUGAUUCAUGUGACAAUUCUUCGACCUUGUCUCACAGUUUAGCUGAAUUGUUUGAUGGAAAUGGUGGGCGGCAUGGUUCUUGGAAUUUUCGUAACAGUGAAAAAUCCAUGUUCUCAUUUGCAAAAGAAGAGAAUUCUGUGAAUCAAGCAACUGAUUUGGACUCAUCCUUCAGUAACAUUGGUCAGGUGUCUAAGCGAUGUGCUCUCCUUCCUGAUUCCAUGGAACAUGAGGAUCACUACUUCUGUGGGCCGCAGCACCACGUGUCCAGGGCUCCAAGUUUGACUCCACCAGGAUUUUCAGUGCCAUCCAGAGACCCGCCUCCUGGGUUUUCCGCAUAUGAGAGAACAAACCGGGUUGUUAAUCCCACCUCUGGGAAUCAUUUGGUUAACACCACUUCCUUACCAAACAGUCAGUAUUGUGCCCAUCAGCAGGAAAUAUUAACAACACCGCGAGUUGAUCUGAUUGAUCCUGCCAUAUUGGUUGUCGGUAGAGGUAAAGCAACAGAUGUGUCGAACAACUCGGGCUUAGAAACGUGGCCAACUUCUACUCAGCCCACCACCUAUGAAGAUCAGGCAAGACUUUGGCUCUUGAUGCAACAAUCUGCAUCUGCUUAUCAGGAACCAAAAUUUCCUCCGAUCUUCAUGCAAGAAACGACUCCGUCUACACAUCAGCAACUGAACUUUUCUGGUCGCAUCGGGGAUGGGUUUUCUCCCAUUGGUGAUACUUUUGGCCUUUCAUCGAGGUUCAUGGAUCAACACCAGACCUAUAAUCCAUCCCCUUUUGCUACACAAUUGUCGUCACAGCAGAAAUAUGGAAAUGGACAUGUGUCAAAUGGCCAUUGGCCCGGUAUGGACGAGGUCCGACUCAGGAACGAAGUAGGCAUGGCUGAAAUUCAGAGAAAUGAGAUGUUAGGGUUCAACAAGUUCUUUCCUGGGUAUGGGGAUUUAAUGUUGCAGAUGCCCAGCACAGGCGAUGUAUACAAUAGAGCGUAUGGGUUGUAACUGUCUCAUUUCUUGUUCAAAAUGAAACUGUUCUGUUCCCUUUUCAGCUUCUUGGCAAAUGUAGUUUCAGCAAAAGAUGAAAUAUUUCUACUUUCUCAGGACCGCACUUCGGUAUAGGAUUGGUCCAAUAACUGUUUGUUGCAGUCAAUGUGUCAGUUUCAGGACUCAGAUAUUCUAGGGCAAAUUUUCUGUUCAUUCUGCGCGGGUGAAUAUGAUCACAACCCUUGAGCAAGGGAUUCUGAGAAUGUUGCUUUCAAGUAAGUCAAUAGUAGUAGUUCUUUACCAAUACACUAGUAUAUGCGUUGGCUUUUAGGGGAGUAGAUCCAGUAUGUCUUCUUUGUAGUCUAUAGUUGUUUGCUUUGGGGCUUGGAAAGUGAAAUGCCUAGGUUGUGUAUUUGCUUAUGUCACUCCUUUGUUAAUGGUUGGUUUAAUGCAAAAAAAUUCUAGCUUUUA